AUGUCCGCCGGUGAGGGCGUGGGGAGCAGCGACCGGGCGACGCCGUUCGCUACCGUCGCGGGAGGAGGGUGGGGAACCUGGCUCAGAGUUUCGCCCAAGACGACAGUGAGGUCUCCGUCACUGCAGACGGACACGAGCAACGAGUCCCCUCGGUCCCUCGCCGACUCCCCCGCAUUGGCCGCAGUGGCCGACGACAAGUACAUGUGGGCGGACAAGUACCGGCCCAAUCUCCUCAACGAGUUCAUCUGCAACAAGACCGUCGCCGACGAGCUCUACCAGCUGCUUGUUGCACACCAGUGCAGCCAUUUCAUCUUUGAAGGUCCGCCGGCGGUUGGGAAGAGAAGCAUGGUACUAGCACUUAUAAGGGAUGCUUUUGGCCCUCAUGAUCUCAAGAUAGAGGAACAGACAAAGAGAUUUGAGCUGAAGGGAGAAGUUAGAAAGCACAUCGAUGUCAGAGUGAAGACCUCCGAGCAUCAUGUGGAGGUGAGCUUGGCUGAUUUACAUGGCUAUGAGAAGUACGUCAUAACUACUUUGUUGAAUGAAUUCAUCCCAUCACCAAACUCAGCUUGUGACCAUACUAACUGCAGAGUUAUUGUUAUCCAUGACGCUGAUAAGCUCUCGUCCGAUCUUCAACAUUAUAUCGGUUGGUUUUUGGGGAGGUAUGCCGGGUGCAACAAAAUCAUUUUCUGCGGUUCUGACGCUUCUAAUCUUGAAGGCAUCAAACAUCUCUGUAAGGUUGUGACUCUUCAGCCACCUUCCUGUGACGAGAUAAUAGAGGUUCUGGAGUACAUUGCAACGCAUAAGAGACCAUUGAUUUGCCUCGUGAUCUUGCUAGGAGAAUUACAGUUGGUGCAAGAAAUAAUCUCCGACAGGCAAUACGCUCUUUUGAAGCUACUUGGAAGGCAUAGUAAGCACCUUAAGUAG